AUGUUUCCCGCUGAUUAUCUAGAUGGCGGCGGCGUCCGAGGCGUUUCCAGCCUUCUCAUCUUGGAGCACUUGAUGGAAGAGAUCCGCAAAACAGAGGGUCUUGACCGUGUGCCCCGACCAUGUGAUUGCUUCGACUUCAUCGGAGGAACUAGCACUGGAGGAAUCAUUGCUAUCAUGCUUGGAAGGCUGGGAAUGACUGUCAACGAGUGCAUCCUACAGUAUCGCGAAGUCGCUCAAAAGGCAUUUACUCCGAAACGAACGUCGCUCUUGCCAGCCUCGUCGAAGGGCGCAUUCUCUGCUACAGCACUCGAGGAAGCAAUCAAGAGCACAUGCAAGAAGUCUUGUACAGCGGCAGAGUGUGUAGAUCGGCGCCAAACAGGUAAUGCGACGAACGGUACUUGUUCCCAUGAUAUGGAUGUCGUCUUAGCCAUCACGAAGGACAACGUAGAUGCUCCACCGACCCUCUUUACCACGUACGAUGAAUCGACGGGCUUCGACGGUUGCCUGAUUUGGCAAGUGGCUCGCGCAACAUCCGCAGCUACUACUUUCUUCAAACCGAUCCGCGUAGGCCGAGAUGGCGUAGAGUUCAUAGACGCGGGGUUUGGCUACAACAAUCCUUGUGAGAUACUCAUCGACGAGGCUCGGCGACAGUUCCCUUCGCGCCCUCAGAUACAGGUUCUCAGCAUUGGCACCGGGCUUGGAGACGUCGUCAGUAUCGGCAACACAAGAAUGGGCAUCAUCAGGGCCCUGAAGAAUAUGGCGACCAGCUCCAAAAAGGUGGCUAUGAGACUGGAGGAUCAAUAUGGCGAUAGUGGCCAAUACUUCAGAUUCAAUGUCGCACAGGGUCUUCAAGACGUGACUUUAUCAGACUGGGAAAAGUCAAGCACAAUAUCGGCCCAUACCAGGAAUUACCUUCUAGAAACCAGGAGGCAAAUACAACAAUUUAUUCGCCAUAUGACGAUUUGUUAUUCCAAUAACGAUGAGACACCGGCGAUCGCAGAAAUCCCGGGAGAUCCUGUGGAAAGGCAAAGAGGUGGGCUGUAA